UGUCCCUCCCGGUGCCUCCCCCGUCCCUCCCCGCCGCUCCCGGUGCCGCCCCCCGCGGGCAUUGGCCGGACGGCGGCGAUGGCGGCGAUUCGCAGCGUGAAGGGCCUGGUGGCGCUGGUGACCGGCGGCGGCUCCGGGCUGGGCCGGGCCACGGUGGAGCGGCUGGUGCAGCAGGGAGCGCGGGUGGUGCUGCUGGACCUGCCCGCGUCCAGCGGGGGCCAGCUGGCCCAGGAGCUGGGCGAGCACUGCGCCUUCGCCCCCGCCGACGUGACCUCUCCCGAGGAGGUGGGGGCGGCGCUGGCCGUGGCCCAGAAGAAGUUUGGCCGCCUGGACCUGGCCGUGAACUGCGCCGGCAUCGGCAUCGCCGUCAAGACCUACAACAGCAAGAAGGACAAAGUGCACGACCUGGAGGACUUCCAGAGGGUCAUCAACGUGAACCUGGUGGGCACCUUCAACGUGAUCCGCCUGAGCGCGCAGCUCAUGAGCCACAACAAGCCGGACGCCGACGGCCACCGCGGGCUCGUGGUCAACACGGCCAGCGUGGCCGCCUUCGAGGGGCAGGUGGGGCAAGCGGCCUACUCGGCCUCCAAGGGCGGCAUCGUUGGCAUGACCCUGCCCGUCGCCCGCGACCUGGCACCGCUGGGCAUCCGCGUGGUCACCAUCGCCCCAGGGCUGUUCUCCACGCCGCUCCUGGCCGGUUUGCCCGAGAAGGUGCGGAAGUUUUUGGGGCAGCAGGUGCCGUUCCCGUCCCGCCUGGGGGACCCUGCCGAGUACGCCCACCUGGUGCAGGCCCUGGCCGAGAACCCCAUGAUCAACGGGGAGGUGGUGAGGCUGGACGGGGCCCUGCGCAUGCAGCCCUGAGCCUGGGGGACCCCCCCCCCGGCCUCACCCCCGAAUUUUGGGGUGGGGAGAGGUCAUGGUGGGGACAGAGCAGCAGGGACAGCUGGACGCUCUCCGGGGACACUCCAGGAGGGGAACGCUGCGGGGACAAGGACUGGGGGCACCGUAGGAGUGGGGACACUCUCUCCUGAGUGGACACAACCCUCCUGAGUGGACACAACCCCUGCCGGGUGGACACAACCCCCGCACCCAGUGGGGCCACCCUGGGAUUUGGGGACAAACGCCAGGAACGUGGCCACGAGGCCACUCAGGAAGUUGGGAAACCCCGCGAAAGGGACCACGCUCAGGUGUGGGGGGUUCAUCCCGAGCCCCCCGGGCGUGGGGACCCCCUCGAGUCCCCCCCAGGCCCCUCUGUCCGCCCCCGUGCCCCUCCCCCGUGGCAAUAAAGCGUGUUCGCCCACGCGGCCUCCGA